UGAGAGACACUAGAAAUGUCAAUCACGCGAGUGUUGCGAACAAUCUCACUCAAUCUGAAUGUGACCUCAGUCCACCUCGGAGCGGAGAGCGGCUUUAACUCUCAGCGAGGCUCUCCGCGAGUUUCCACCCGAUCCUCGGUGUCAAAGGCGAGAUCUGUGAUCGUUUUUUCCGUCGCUCGGACCUUUGGCAGCAGCAUGUCUCUCCCGCAGCUCGGCUAUAAGUACAUCAGACCGCUGUACUCCACGGAGCGGCGCGUCGGCGCGGAGCUCAGCGCGUCGGGCUCGCUCUCCAGCGUCCUCUCCAGCAUGUACGGAGCUCCGUUCGCCAGCGCGCAGGGAUACAGCGCGUUCCUGCCCUACUCCAGCGACCUCUCCGUGCUCAACCAGCUGGGCUCCCAGUACGAGUUUAAAGACAGUCCAGGGAUUCAGCAUGCAGGCUUUCCUCACGCAUCCUUCUACCCGUACGGACACCAGUAUCAGUUCGGAGAUCCGUCCCGACCCAAGAACGCCACCCGCGAGAGCACCAGCACCCUGAAGGCCUGGCUCAGCGAACACCGGAAAAACCCCUACCCCACCAAAGGAGAAAAAAUCAUGCUGGCCAUCAUCACCAAGAUGACCCUCACUCAGGUGUCCACCUGGUUCGCCAACGCCCGCAGAAGACUGAAAAAAGAGAAUAAAAUGACUUGGGUUCCCAAAACGAGAACCGACGAGGACGGAAACGUGUACACGAGUGACAACGAGGACGGAGACAAGAGGGACGAGGACGAGGAAAUAGACCUGGAGAACAUCGACACGGAAAACAUCGAAGACAAGCAGGAUUGUGAUUAUCAGGACGACGAAAAAUCGGUGUCUAAAGUUUCGGAUUCUGAGGAAUAUGACGACGCGGGGGCAGAGAAGAGAUUUAUGAGCGAUAUUGUAAAAGACAGAAGAGACGCAAACUCGGAUGAGGGAGAGGAGGAGGACCGAAUCAAAAAGAGUCCGGCAGCGCAAGAGCCCUCGGAUAACGCCGGUCCGCCUCAGAAACCAAAAAUCUGGUCUUUGGCUGAAACCGCGACGGCGCCGGACAGUCCCAAAAAGUCCUCGUGGAUUCAGAGGAACUGUGACGCUCAGACAGUCAGGAACCCCCUUCACGUUCAAAACUGGACCAAAAUGGCCCAUCAGAUGGCUUUAACCAGCCAUUACCUCGGACUUAAACACCAAAGCACCUCAAACAGUCACAUGCACGCGAGGCAUGCAGAGCAGAGGACUCCCAGCCUAUGAAACAAAUCAGACUGUUUUUUUCGCGUGUUUUUCCAAUAUUUUUCACCUUCCUCCCGGGAGCGUAACACUUAUUGAGAAAUAUCCCGUUUCUGCGUAAAGGAUGCCCUGAAUUUAUAAUAGAUCGAAGCUGUCUAUUAGCUCUUCAAUUAAUAUGAGAUUAUAUUAGAAAUAUAUUUUAUACUUGUGAACGUACAUUUCGUUGUGUUUAAUUUGUUAGAAUCGUUUCGUAAUUCCUGUGUUUUUAUCCGUAGGCCCGGUUUAACAGUCUUACACUGAAGAUUCGGACGCAAACUAUUUAAAGGAAAGAACGAUAAAUCAAUAGAUUGUAUGAUUACAGAAUUAGUCGCUGAGAGUUAUAAUAAUUCAUGGAGGAAAUAGUGCCUAUAUGGGAAUUUGAAAAGACCUCUAACACACACACACACACACACACACAUUCAUUUUGUUCGUAUGAAUUAUGAGUUGUGUAAGUGCUGCAUCCACAUCCUCGUCUUAUUUUACAUCCGUUUUACAGAUCCGCAAUAAUAUCACACCAGGAUUGACGCUUGUCUUAAAAAGUGAUUUUAUUCAUUUGAUUGUCGUCGUCGUUUUUCCAGAUGCCUUGGAUUUUAAAAAAGCCGUCAUUGUUCGCCACGCUGCAUUUUUAUAUGUCACGUUUUGUCUGGAUAUUUUAAAUAGGGUAAAACAAAAUAAAUAUUUGAAAUGGUUUUGUAAAUGGAACUGUACCUACUUGAAAUAUUGUGCAAAGACAUAUAUUUUGAAUAUUAAAAUGAAAUCACAAUUGUCAUGACGAACUGA